CAGAGUACUGGAUUCCAUUCCAUGUAGGGGCGAUGUGUAAUACCUGUGACGGCCUGUUGUAGGAAAGGCGAGUAUUUAAGUUGGAGAUGAGGCCGCUUCAACACCUCACAUAUUAAAUUCUCUCAACCGAUCAAGAACUCCCUAUCUUUAAAAAAAACCCGAAGGCGUCGAUAAAUAUCCAUCAAUCCUUUGUAUAAAAAUUUCAACAUGGCAUCCCACCCGCCUGGAAAAUGCUGCAUCGUUGGCGUACACCAUGAAGGCACCCCUACUGGCAAGAUGAUCAAGGUUGGACACCAUGACGCCUACCUUGCGACAGCCUCCUCCCAAAAUACCCGUCAAGGUGCUGGUCUACUCUACGUCCCUGACGUGCUUGGAAUAUGGGAUAAUAGCAAGCUCCUCGCAGACGAAUUCGCGGCCAACGGCUACACUACCCUCAUUAUUGAUCUUUUCAACGGCGAUGCAAUCGACGUAAAUCGCUUCAAUGAAGUUGACUUGCCAGACUGGGUGCAGAAUGGCCGCAACGGAGCAGGUGGCCACACGACCAAGGAGAUCGACCCGAUUAUGGAGGAAGCCCUGGCGUACAUGAAGACGGAGCUGGGCUUUUUGCACAUCGGCGCGGUCGGGUAUUGUUUCGGCGCCAAGUACGUGCUGCGUCAUUAUCGGAACGGCAUCGAAGUCGGGUUCAUAGCGCACCCUUCGUUUGUUGAAGAAGAUGAGCUCGCUGCUAUUACAGGCCCGUUGUCGAUUGCAGCUGCGGAGACGGAUUCCAUUUUCCCGGCGGAGAAGCGCCACCGGAGCGAGGAGAUUCUGAAAGAAAAUGGUAGUUUGUACCAGGUCAAUCUUUUUUCAGGAGUGGUGCAUGGAUUUGCGGUGCGAUGCGAUCUUAGCAAGAAGCACGAAAGGUUCGCCAAAGAACAAGCAUUUAUGCAGGCUGUUGCAUUCUUUAACACGUGGCUAGUUUAGUACAAGUAUAGGUAUUCAUAACUCACUUAUCUCGUGCAUAAGAGAUUCGUCAACGUUCAUCCAACAUUUCGGAGGAGGCCGGUAUGUCUGGCUGUGGCUGAUUAACAAUGUGGCAGAUUAUGUGACUGAUGGUCUGGCCUAUACUGACGUUGUACCUUUCCUGAGGACAGAGAGUAUCCAGGCCACGGAGGAAUGUCGCAUAGCU